AUGGUGAACCAGGUCACCACAGACAAAAUUAAGGCCAUCGAAGAUAUUGAAGUGGUUGAUAAUGUGAAAGCAGUGCAAAAGUUAACCGGGAGGAUUGCAUCUUUGAGCAGGUUUAUCUCUCGGUCUUCAGAUAAAAGUCAUCGGUUCUUUUCACUGCUGAAAAAGAAGAAUGACUUCGUGUGGACACCGGAGUGUCAACAAGCUUUGGAAGAGUUGAAGCAAUACUUGUCGAGUCCACCCUUGUUGCAUACACCAAAAGCAGACGAACAAUUAUUUUUGUACCUGGCAGUAUCCGAGGUUGCGGUAAGUGGCAUUUUGGUUCGGGAAGAAAAAGGCGAAGGGAAAAAGAUUGUAGGACUUAGGGAUUCAGAUGACAACUCUGCCACUGGUUUUUCUACCGUCAACGGCUGUUAUCUUUACGAGCGGGAAAAAAGGCAUCCGGCCUUUAGCCAUUUGAUUGGAUGGCUUUGUAAGAGAGGGCCCUCUUAUGUUUAUGGUGCUUGUGAGAGGAUGUAUCCUGUUCAUCUGGCAACAAUUGUUCGGAUUCGUAAUCCUUAUUUGAUUAUAAGUGUGAACAAAUUUAAAAUUGAUUUUGUUCAUUCGGACAUAUACGAGAGUGUUUAG